AUGGCGCCUCUUGUCCCCGUAUUCUCCACCGAAUCCCUCCCCGAACGUGUCAAUACCGUGCGCCGCAACUUCCAAGACAAACGUCGCAAAGGCCACCAAGUGGACCUGAAGGACUGUCAGCUACUUGAGAUGACACAAUAUUCCUGCAACCCACCUCAAGAGGGAGUUCCAGAAGCUGGAAGGGUAGUGUGCAAGCCCAUAGUGCGGUUGUUCCGACGCUGCGCCGGAGGGUUAAUGGUCGAAACGACAACCUGGGAAUCACUCAGAUUGGCAGAGGAAGCAAAACAGAAGCAGGGAAAAAUUACACAGGCAACA